UGAAAGUGAAGCAUUUUCUGUGGAUCGUGUGUAAAAAUUAUACACAAAAUAGUGAAAAGCUAUAUAUAUGGUAAUACAAAGAUAAAGAUUGCAGAAACGAUUAUUUUACACAACAACGUGCCCAUAUGGACUCAUCAGGAAAAAUUAUAGAUUUUACACAGCUUCGUAAAACUAAAAUAGAAAUUCGGCAAGAUGUUCCGAAAUCUUGCAUUACAAGAAGACCACAUGCAAUAAUGCGACGAGCAUCACUAAAUGACCGGAUUUAUAUUAAACGCAGAGAUGGAGAAGGUUCUAAACCUUUGUUUACUCGCCUUGAUAUUACUGCUAAUCCGGCCGGAGAUCGUAGAGACAGCGAAGAAAAUUCAGAGUGCGUUGGCGAAAAACAAAAGGAAUCAAAACGACAUAUAUCUAGAACAACAAGUGAAUCUACCUCACCUGAACGGUACCGCGAACCACCAGGAAAGUCGAUUCUUGGUCGAGGAUCAGACGGUUACAAAACAAGGUUUAGAAAGUCUGAAUCUCUUGAUAACCUUCCGACUUGUUCACGCUAUGUUAAAGAGUCACGCGAAAGAAAAAAAUCAUUUUAUUCCCAUAAUGAAAUUCGCGGGAGAGACCUCUCAAAAAACAAAAGUAAAUCAAAGUCGCCUCCAGAACUUCAUAAAAAGACUUCAAAGGUACCAUAUUUUCGUGAUGAAGUUCGUGAACGUGAUCGUUUGAGACGUCUUUAUGGGAAGGAAGAACGCAAGUCGCAUUCUAAAUCUCCUCGAUAUAAAAGAAAAUAUCGAUCUCCAAGACGUUAUCAUCGUUCAUCUAGUUCUAGAAGAUCUAGAAGCAAAGAACGUAAAUACCGACAUUUCCGUGAAAGUCGUCGUCGGAGCAAGUCUCGAUCACGCACUCGCUCACCGCGUCGUCGCCAUCGCUCAAGAUCUAGGAGAAAUCAUAGCAGCUCACGCGAUCGUGGACAUAAAAGUCUGAGCAUUUCAAAUAAAGAUGCUCAGUUGCCUGCACAAUUUAUUACCAUACCAGUAGCAUUACCAGCAGGAAGCCCGUUUCCUUACACCGGCUUUCACCAGCUUCCUCCGCCAGCGCCAUAUCCUCCUUAUUCGGUAAUGCCCAUGAUGCAUCAACGGCAACUUAGACCGAUGCCAAGAAGAACGUUUUUUUUGCCACCAGUUCCUUUCCUAGGCGCUAGCGGACGUCAUCGAUUUGUCACUCCAAAUGAUUGGACUAAUCAUAAAACACGGCCAAAAAAACCACAAACCUAAUUAUAAGCUAAAGACUUAUUUGAAAAAUAAAGUAUAACUUAAUUCUAAAUAAAAUUAUAUAAAAACAAGUAAGAAUGUUAUAUUCGGCUUAAGUCGAAUCUAACAUUCCCAUCACCAUUCAAAUCUUUGACGCCCCAUCCUUUUU